CUUGUUGACUCCACCCACUUUUUCAAGACCGGAAAAUGGACAGUUCGAAACUGUCCUCUUCAUAAAUCACGACGAACCGGAGGAAAACGGCAACAUCUCGAAGGAGCGUCGGAGCAGCGUCGGCGGAGAGUCUGUUUGGACCGAACCGGGCCUCUAACCUCUGUUGGACGAACCGGAGGAGGGUUUAGGUCGCUCGGUUAGCUCUCGCUAACUUUCGUACGUCGAGAUUGUGUCGCUGGUCCCGGUUGCGCAAAAAGACGAGCUGCUCAGCGGGUUAAUAUUUCACCAUGGGGUCAAGAGCAUCCACCUUACUUCGAGAAGAAGAGAUCGAAGAAAUCAAGAGGGAGACGGGCUUCUCUCACAGCCAGAUCACCCGCCUGUACAGCCGCUUCACCAGCCUGGAUAAAGGAGAAAACGGGACCUUAAGUCGGGAAGAUUUCCAGAGAAUUCCUGAGUUGGCCAUCAACCCUCUGGGAGACCGAAUCAUCAACGCCUUCUUUCCUGAGGGGGAGGACCAGGUGAACUUCAGAGGUUUUAUGCGCACCUUGGCUCACUUCAGGCCCAUUGAGGACAACGAGAAGAACAAGAACCUCCCCACCCCUGAGCCCCUGAACAGCAGGACCAACAAGCUGCUCUUUGCUUUCCGUCUUUAUGAUCUGGACAGAGACGAUAAGAUCUCUCGGGACGAGCUGCUGCAGGUCCUGCGGAUGAUGGUUGGGGUAAACAUUUCAGACGACCAGCUCGGGAGCAUCGCUGAUCGGACCAUCCAGGAGGCCGACGCCAACGGAGAUAACUCCAUUUCCUUCGAUGAAUUCAUGAAGGUCUUGGAAAAGGUGGACGUGGAACAGAAAAUGAGCAUCCGCUUUCUUCACUAAGAUGAAGGUUUUUUUGUUUUUUUUUCAUCCUGAGCAGAGAUUGGACUUUCAGCUGAUCUCGGCGGGCUGCUGUGGCCCGUGUCCCAACUACGCACCGUCUUGUCUCCAGUUCUGUUUCUGCCUUCGCUCUGUCAAAGGGAAAAGUCGUGCCUCGUCUGUCACUAUGAACAUUUUGUCAGCCAUAUUUAUUAGAAGUUUUAGACGGUGGUGGUAAGCACCGCUGCUGCACUCGGUAAUCGAACUCAUCCUGAUCGACUCGUCUUCAACAUCUUCAGCUCAGAUUAGUGAAAUUCUGUUUUUUAAUGUUAACAGGAUGCAGCAGGACAAACCCCCUGCGAGGAGUCUGCUCCACAGACUCACUGACGUGCCAUCACCGUUUGGUUCUUGUGAAAUGAUUUACAGACAUGGAUAAAUGUGCUGGUACCUCACCACAAUAAUUACAAAAAGGUUCAUGUGACCACAAUAAUUACAAAAAGGCUCAUGUGGCCACAAUAAUUACAAAAAGGCUCAUGUGACCACAAUAAUUACAAAAAGGCUCAUGUGACCACAAUAAUUACAAAAAGGCUCAUGUGACCGCCUGAGAAGCCAGAAACGUUAAGUCUCGUCAACAUGUUGUUUUUCUCAUUAAUGGAGCUUCUGGCUCGUCUUCCAUCAUCGUGAUUCAGUGCGACGUCCAUCUUGGAGUUCAGCAUCAGUGGUUUGGAUCCUUGGCUUUUUUGCUACCAUCCACACACUCAACCUGGGGUUGCAUGACCUCUUGCGUCCACAACCUGGGAGGUUGUCUAGAGUUCUGUGAACCUUCUACUAUUUACUAAUCUUGUCAGCUGUGGUCAGAGGAGCAUGAAGCCUUUACCUUUAACAUGGACAUCUAUAAUCAGCUCUUCUCUGCUUCAGGUUCAGGGCGGUGAACGGAACCGAAGCACCAGAGGCUGGUUGUUGUCUUUCAACAGGCUCAUGGAGACUUGAAGGCUCCUCAGAUACUAACACUUCACAUCUUCUGUUCAUCAUGGACUGUAUGCAUGCAGAUGAACAUUUUUCCAAAUUAUUGUACGGGUACCAACUAGUUCAUCUGUGUCUGUAUCUCAUGGGAAUCUGAGACUUAGUCUUAACGAAUCAUUAGUUCAUCAAUGACUGUGUUCAUGUAGAGUUGAACAUCUGGAGCACCUGUGCAGACAGGUACAGGUGGUGGAGCUCUUUGUAGAUUUUGAUCCAAUAACUAACAUCGUGAAACGCUUCUGUUCAGGAGUUUAACUGUGGCUAAUUCAAGUACUAUUCAGCACAUGUCUUAUCAUUUAUUCCCACUAAGGAGAAUCAAAAAUGUUAAAUGCAUAGUCUUACAGCAUAAACCAGAGUAGUCUGAGCCGUUUUAAUCUUUGUGUUCACUGGUUUAGGUGUAAAAAGAGAUUGUUGAACUUGAUUUGAAUAAAAUAAGU